AUGGCCACUACCGUAUCAACGGCUUCAUCGACCUCAUCUUCCGCGCCGUCUGUUGUCUCCAAACCACAGCCUCCCAUCAACGUGCCACAGUACAAGUUUGCUUGUACGCUGUGCAGCAUUCCUUUUGCCCGUCAGGAUGAUCUUUCCGAUCACUAUCGCAAGUCCCUCUUGCAUCCUCAGUGCGACAGGUGCGGGAUCGGUGCGCGCGACUCCACCACACUGGCGGACCAUAUGCGCCUUGUUCAUCAGACAGCUACCUGCGCGUUUUGUCCAGGCUUACGUAUGUUUGAGGAGGACGUCAAGGCUCAUCGUGCAGAGAAGGGCCACACGAUGUGCUCAUCUUGUAAUCAUGAUUUCAGCAGCAGGGAAGAUCUGACAGCGCACGUUAAUUCGGUUCAUCCUUCCUACCGAUGCUCUCAAUGCAACACAUCGUACAGCUCGGCGACUGUUCUGGAGCAGCACUACCUCGACUCCCCCGCUCACAUGAAAUGUAGCAAGUGCCCCAAUGUCGGCUUCCCGGAACGUGUCUCUUGGGAAGAACACAUUCGGACAAACCAUCCCGACCUAUGGUGCUCUCGCUGCAACGAGUGCUUCUCAGUAGCCUCUGCGUUGAACAAUCACUUCCAAAACUCGUUCGUGCACCCCAAGUGCUACGACUGCGGUCUCGGCUUCUUCGAUGAAGCCGCUCGUCAAGAGCAUGUAAUUGCCGUCUCUACUGUUCUGCUCGAGGUCGGCACGCUAAUCGCACCUCUUUCCGUAAAGAUGGACGAGGAAGAGUCCGACAUUGAGUCAAUCGCGAGCCCUUCGACGGAGGCCACCAACUUCACCGCGCCGCCGUUGAUCGUGACCCAUUCCGCGCAUCACUCCCCGGAAGCCCGCUCCAUAUCUCUCCCGCCACCAACCACGGACGAUAGUGACAAGAACGGGGUCAAUCGCGAAUUUGUCGAUGCUAGCGACGAUGUCAACAUCAGGGAUGCCGACUCAGAAGUUGACGAACCUAACCAUUCCAUCGAGGCGGAAGCCCCGUCCAGUGAGCUCGACGGCAUGGCAAACUCUACGAUCAUCGUCUUCCAGGUCCAGGCCGACGUGGACUCGCCAGAUGCGCCCAUCAGACCCCAGUCUGCAGCGGACUUACGCCCAGCCUUAGCGUCUCAGUCGUUCCCAGUCACCGCAUCCGCCGUCGAGGAUAUCAUCGCUGAUGCGGAGCACGACUACGUCGAUGUUAAGGACGACAUUCGUGUGGAUGGCACACCGUGCGCGGAUCUACGUCCAGCAGAACAACCGGAAGCAGAGCGCGUCAGUAUCCCGGAAGUAACCCCGCCGUCCUCCGAAGCGCAGUUCAACAUGACCGGGGCGUCGCUCUCCAUCCCACUAGUCGACAGUCCAUCGGUCAUCCAUACGGAUGAUAGCCAUACCCUUGAGACGCAGACGGAAACGGCCACUCCUGCUCAGUCGACGAGGUCUAUUAGACCCAUGAAGCUAGAGGUUCUCACUUCCCAGUCAGGAAGUCCAGCUACGGUUGUGAUCUCGCCGUCCUCGCUACUUGACGCUCCUCCCCAUAUUCGAAGUGGAUCCGCCCUCAGUGCGUACAGCACGCGUCCUCCGUCAAGGCUUCACGAGGCCAGCCGGGCUGCACCUCAUUCGCCCUAUCGCGAGAGGCACCUGGAGGUACCAGACGUGCAGUUCGAGCCCACGGGGUUCCCGGGAGGCUUCGACGCACGCCGGUCGCGCACCCCCUCGGUUGCAUACUCCUCGAGGCAGCCGCCCGUAGCCGUGCCGUCCCCUCGAGGCUCACGCGCCCCUUCGCCGAACGUCCGGCACAUUCCCUGGACAUCCGCACACGAGGAUGAGUAUCGCGCUGAGAGGCAGGACGACGCGAGGCGCGUGUCCUACAUCUAUUGCCGUUUGUGCCGUCGUGAUCCGGCGCGAACGCCGACUGCCACGAUGUGUGGGCACAUCUACUGCCACAGUUGCAUCGUUGAUGAAGUUGUCAAGUCCUCGAAGUGCCCCAGUUGCGCGGCUCCGACCCUUCUGUAUUCUUUGAUCAAGCUGCAAGUUCUUUGA